AUGCCGGAGGUAAUGCUGGUUGGAGUGGCGAGAUGGUGCUCGACAAGCUGCUCUCAGGCAGCUGUGUAUGGAUAUGCCCGUGAGGCACAGGAGCGGAGAUGGAUGAGGGCGGCGGCCCAGAGCUGCACGGCCGCGUGCCGGGCUGCUCUGGCAAGUCCCAACUUCUGGGACCCCGCCGGCUUCACGGCGGACGGUAGCACGGAGAAUUUCGCCCGCCGGCGCCAGACGGAGCUGAAGCACGGGCGUGUGUCCAUGCUGGCGACCAUGGGCUACAUCACCCCAGAGAUCACCGGCAAGCUGCCAGGGUACCUGUCGCCGUCCGCGGGCCUGAAGUUCGCGGACAUCCCGAACGGGCUCGGCGCGAUCUCCAAGGUUCCCGCGGCGGGCUGGGCGCAGAUCGUGGCGUGCGGUGCGUUCUGCGAGCUGUCCCAGGACCAGUCCGCUGGCACCGCUGCUGCGGCGGGUGACUUCGGCUUCAAGGUGCUGACGUCCAGCGACGCCGCAGAGAAGCAGAAGAAGUUGGCGGCUGAGAUCGCCAACGGCCGUCUGGCCAUGAUGGCGAUCAUCGGAAUGUUUUUCCAGGACGGCUUGACCGGCUCCGCCUGGGGCGACUGGGCGCUCUACACGGGGUCUCCGUUGCGCGCGUUCGAGAGCGAGCUGGGCGUGCAGGACCCGGUUGGCUUCUGGGACCCCGCUGGCUUCACGGCGGACGGUAGCACGGAGAAUUUCGCCCGCCGGCGCCAGACGGAGCUGAAGCACGGGCGCGUGUCCAUGCUGGCGACCAUGGGCUACAUCACCCCAGAGAUCACCGGCAAGCUGCCAGGGUACCUGUCGCCGUCCGCGGGCCUGAAGUUCGCGGGCAUCCCGAACGGGCUCGGUGCGAUCUCCAAGGUUCCCGCGGCGGGCUGGGCGCAGAUCGUGGCGUACGGUGCGUUCUGCGAGCUGUCCCAGGACCAGUCCGCUGGCACCGCUGCUGCGGCGGGUGACUUCGGCUUCAAGGUGCUGACGUCCAGCGACGCCGCAGAGAAGCAGAAGAAGUUGGCGGCUGAGAUCGCCAACGGCCGUCUGGCCAUGAUGGCGAUCAUCGGAAUGUUUUUCCAGGACGGCUUGACCGGCUCCGCCUGGGGCGACUGGGCGCUCUACACGGGGUCUCCGUUGCGCGCGUUCGAGAGCGAGCUGGGCGUGCAGGACCCGGUUGGCUUCUGGGACCCCGCUGGCUUCACGGCGGACGGUAGCACGGAGAAUUUCGCCCGCCGGCGCCAGACGGAGCUGAAGCACGGGCGCGUGUCCAUGCUGGCGACCAUGGGCUACAUCACCCCAGAGAUUACUGGCAAGCUGCCAGG